AUGAUAAUCAGUUGCAAAAGCUUAAUUCGCGAGGAGGCCCACAAAGCGGGCGCUUUCGUGGAAACGGCGAAAAAACUCACGAAACCGCCGACCCGCCAACGGUACCUGGCGAUUUGCAAAAAACCGCCCGCGCCAACGGCGAAAUAUAGUUCCACUAAAUAUAUAUUCAAAAUCCACGAUCGAUUCACGUGGCCCGUCUACGAAUUAAUAACCGUCCGUCUUCCCUCAAGCCCGUGCCCUUCCGUUCGCUACAUAAAAGCACCAACACCGUCGCAAGCCACCCGUACAUCGACGGAAGUCCGUAGGUCGGCCUGCGAGUCCUCUAUAUUCUUUUUUAUGUACGCGCCGAGGGCAAGGGAAGCCGCCGCGGGGCCACGGCCACGUGGAGGGAGCGCGUGGGGUGCUGGGCGGGGCGAUGCAGCUGCAGCG